AUGAAUGUUGUUUUGUCACACAUUUGUGUCGUUAUUACCAUUGAUUCGUUUCUUGGGAUCAAUUGGCCGACAAUGAGUGAACUCGAUUGCGACGACGAGUUGAGCGCCGAUUACAAUGACUACGAGAUGAGAGACUCGGAUGAAGACACCGAAGACGCUUCCGAGACAGACGUUGUCCUCAAAUAUGACAAUACGGACAACGAAUACACAGAGAUUAAGGAACAGGAUAAGUUGGCCACUCUUCAGGACCAACUCAAGCAAUUGGAUAAAGGCUUUCAUCCCGAAUACGUCCGCAAAAUUAGACGAUUGGAACAGUUAUACGAAGAGAGGAUACUAUUGGAUGAAGUAUUUCUCGCAUUUGAGAGCGAUCGCAUCGAAAGGGAGUUUCAUUCGGAGAAGAAGUCAGCCGUUCGUGAGUUCGAGGAAAGGAAAGUGGAGUUAAAGGAGAGUCUGAUUACAGAACUGGAGGACAAGAAGAAGAUGAUUGAAAGCGAGAGAAUCAGUUUGGAACUGAUGAACGACUCAACCGAACCCAAACCUCUCACCACAAGGAAACUGAGGCGAAGGCCUAACGAACCGAUACCUAUACCGGAGAAGCGGCGAAGAGCUUCGCCUGAUAUCCUUUCAAUUGAUUUGAUUUAUACUAUAAAUGAUUGUCUAAUCGAUAUUAUGGAAGACCUGAAGAUCUUAAGCCGCGCCACCAAUUCCAAGAUGAGCGCCGGACUCAAGAAGUUGUAUUCCUCGCAAUCAUUUGAGGACCCGUUGUCUUCAUAUGACGCCAAAAUAGAAGACGGAAAGCUGUUUUACGACAAGAAGUGGUUCCAUAGGGGGCAGAAUGUCUUAAUCGAUACAAAUGACUCCAAAUACAACGCAACUCUCGCACAAAUUGGCACUUCGGAGAUAUGGAUUAAGAAGACGAAUGAUUCGAUUAAAUCAAAGAUAACGCUAAACGACUUGCAUAACGGAAAGUACGCUCUCGAUAUUAUGGAAGACCUGAAGAUCUUAAGCCGCGCCACCAAUUCAAAGAUGAGCGCCGGACUCAAGAAGUUGUAUUCCUCGCAAUCAUUUGAGGACCCGUUGUCUUCAUAUGACGCCAAAAUAGAAGACGGAAAACUGUUUUACGACAAGAAGUGGUUCCAUAGGGGGCAGAAUGUCUUGAUCGAUACAAAUGACUCCAAAUUCAAUGCAACUCUCGCACAAAUUGGCACUUCGGAGAUAUGGAUUAAGAAGACGAAUGAUUCGAUUAAAUCAAAGAUAACUCUAAACGAUUUGCAUAACGGAAAGUACGCUCUGUAUAGACGCUCCUCUUAG